AUGUCAUUCAUCAAUUUCCUUCAAGGCUAUCAAGAAACAAACUUUCCCGCCCAACUAAAUGAUGCAAUUCAAUAUUAUCUUAGCAAUGGGGAUUUCGAAGCGGCAUCGAAUGGACUUUGUCAACUAAUUUCACUUAACGGCAGCAACCCAGUUGAUUGAACUAAUCUAGGUCACUGCUACCUUAUUAUGCAAAAAUUCGAAGAAAGCUUCAGAGCCUACUCUAAUGCUCAUCAACUAUGGAACGAUUCAGCUCCUGCUCAACUCUGGUAUGGUUUAGGACUUCUUUGCUCCAAAUGUAGACUUUUUGAAAUAGCCGAGAAAUACUUCGAAGCGACCCUUAGGACCGACCCCAAUUUUGAGUAUUCACCACAAGUAUACUUAAAGCUGGGGAUCAUUAAUAAAAAUUCCAAACAAUAUCUUAAAUCCCCCCUUCCGUGAGCGAACAAAACCAUUUGAAAAAUCGCUAUUUUUUGCCCGAGCGAACAAAAAUUUUUUUAAUAGAAAACAUUUUUAUGAAAAAAAAAUUUGAUAUAUAAGUGAUAAUUAGUAUAAUGAAAUCGAUAGCUAAUUCUGUUUAAUUUUAAAAAAUUUGCGUCUUAAAACAUAAAUUUAUUAAUUAAAUUAAUAUUUGCUUUCCAAUUUUUGCAAUUAAGUUUUUUUAAAUUUCGAAAAAAUUUUUUUUAUAUAUAAUUUUUAAAAAUAAAAUUUAACACCCCUUCGUAAGCGAACAAGAUUUUUUUGUUCACUCACGGAGGGGGGAGUAAGGCAAUUACUUACCUCAGAAAUUGUCUUAACAUCCAGGACUUAAAUAAAGAUGAAACAAUAGAAGUCUUAUGUCAAAUAGCAAGCUGCUUAGAAAUCUCAAAGAAAAAUGAAGCAUUAGAACUAUACAAAAUUGCAAAAAAUUUGCAAACAAACCUGAAAACAACGGUCUGCUUGGGCUGGGGACAUUUUAUUAAUUGAGAGUACGAUAAGGCAAUUUUGUUAUUUAAUGAAGCUUUAAGCUUUAUUGAAGAUACAGAGAGCAAGGGGUAUUGCGAUAUUUUGUAUUUAAAAGCUCGUUGCUUGGCUGAAACUAAGUCGUUUCCUAGAGCACUUUCAAUAUUUAACGCAAUCACUGGUAAAUAUCCUGAAGAACCAAUAUAUAAAGUGUCCCUUGCAGUUGUAUUCGCGGAGUUAAAGCAGUGCCAAAACGCUUUGAAAUGUCUUUGUGAUUGCUUGUCACUAAAGUACGAUGAAGUCGAUGUUUAUGUAAAUUUAGGGGUUAUAAAUGAGCUUAUGUUUCAAAGAGACGAGGCUAAAAAAUGGUAUCAAAAAGCUAUCGAAAAAAGUCCGACAAGUGGAACUGCAAACAACAGACUCAAUUUAUUAAAUAAACAAAAAAAUAGACCAAGGAACAUUCCUAAUUUAUAUCAGCCAAGUAUUGAUAUCACAGAAUUUCCUUUUAGGCAUUUUGAGAUGAGCUUUAUGGGGGAAAUAUUUGCUACCCAAAAAAACUAA